CACAACACCUCAGCCUUCCUCGUCUUCGAUCCCAACACCAGCGGCGGAAGCGACCAAGAGGACGACAGCAAGGCUAGAGAGGCGGCGGAGACUGCUCCCUCGGCGAUCGCCGGACCACCCUCAAGAUGGUUCUGCUGCAGUCAGAUCCGUUCCUGAGCGAGCUGACCAACAUGUACGAGCGGAGCACGGAGAAGGGCUCCGUCUGGGUCACCAUGAAGCGAUCGUCGAUGAAGUGCGAGGCUAGGUUGAAGAAGAUGGCCAACAAGGGGGAGGAGGUGGAGUACCGCUGCCUCGUCCGCGCCACCGAUGGCAAGAAAAACAUCUCCACCGCGCUGUCUGCAAAGGAUUACCUCAAAUUCCAAGCUUCGUAUGCCCUAGUUCUUAAAUCCCAUAUGCAUGCUUUGAAGAAGAGGGAGAGGAAGGAAAAGAAGAGGGUCGUUGAGCCAGAGAAGGUACCCGAGAAGGAACCGAAGAAGCAAAAGAAAUCGUCGAAGAAAUCUGCAGUGUCUAAGUAGAGAGGUACUUACAGAAUUCAGCGAGACCUUUUUUCGCUCACAGCAAGACUAGUCUGAGUGUCAUCAAAGAUGUUAUCAUCCGUUUUACCCUUGUCCCUGUCUGCGGAUGAAAGCCUGUGAAUACC